GGAUGAGGGUCCCCCGGCCCAGGUAGGGCUGGUGGGGGAGGGGGGAGGCCCAAACUCUCCAGGAGCAGGGGUUGGGGGAGGGGAGAGGAUGAGGAGUGCUUCCCUCUCUGCGUCCCAAACAAAGUGUCACAAAGAGCUCGGCCCGCGGCAGCAGCGGAGGCGGCUGCAACUCAGCUUUUGUUCUCCCGGCCAGGGGUAGCUGAGCCCUGGCCUCCUAAUACCCCAACCCUGCCCCCCGUCAUCCUUCUGGCUUAUCCUCCCCGGGAAUGGUCUGGGGUGCUGCUGGAAGAACCCCUUGUGCCCGGAUCACGGGUCCUACCGUACUUGCCAACCUCCUUCUGGGAGGGGGAUUUUCCCAGUCUCUCCUGCUUACCCCCAGUCAUAGGUGCCAAGACUGUGACCUCGCUAGGGUUAGCUUCAGUUAAGGGGACUUAGGGCUGGCUACAUGCCCCUUCCCUUAAAUCCAAGUUCUCUAGAACUUUCAGAAGAGGGGUCAAGUUGGGACAUGCCUCUGGGAUAGGAUUCACCAUGGUGGGUGGCAGCAGGUGAGCAGGUGUACCUUCCUCUUUUCCUCCUUCUGUACGUUUGCAGUCUGUGAGAGAUCCCCUGCCUCCAACUCAAGACAGUGAGGAUGGGGGAAGGAGGCUUCACCAAGAAUCAGUGUGAAGGGUGGGCAAGUUGUGGGGUGGGUUGGGUUUGGAGAAACUAUCUGAGCAGUGAGGUUCAGAGGGCAAUGGAGAACAUAAAUAAAACUGAUAAAACUGAACUAUUGGCAUGUCUGUGUGAUGAAGGUGGUCUUGACUCUAGACCACCUAAGAAGCCCCAUUCCCUUAUAACCCCAUCUAUUGCAGUCUUAAGUCAUCAUUGUUCCUAAAGCUGACUUGGGAGGUGGGAUUCUCUACAGAGGGAAAGCAUCAAGCAUUAGAGAUGAUCAGAAACAGGCCAGAAACAACUAGGCCCCUGAAGUCCUGAACCCUCACCCCUUACACUCUGACCCUGAAACCAUUUGAGCCACAUAUCUUGAAGGACAAUUUCAUCCUCCAGUUAGCAGAUGCUUCUAUGUAUUUGUCCCUGCUGUUUCUGAGAGUCUUCUCACCAACCCUUCCAUUCUUCCCUACUCAGUAAGGUUUGAUGGUCCACACCCCACCGCCUCCCUUACCAGAUUGCCUAGCACAUAAAAAUUUGUAAACUGGCCUUUUGUUUUGGAAAGAUUUCUGAUCCCUAUCCCUGGCCCUGCAUUCCUAUAGAACCCAAAUAAGGGCAAGAUAACCCCUAAUUCUGGGUGGGGUGGAAAGUAGGUCAGUGCUCUGUCUGGUGAAUUCUUGUGGAUGGUGUUUAAGGCCUGACCAGGAGAAUCUGUGACAGUUGCCCACAGACAAUACACGCAUGACCUAGGUUCCAGGCCAUUUCAAAGAAUCCCAGGCCCUGUCAGUGCUUUCUCCUAUAGAGAAAAACCCAUGGAAUCUGGCACCGGGGAACAGGUGCGGAAAUGAUCCAGGAGAUCUUGACUGGGCCUAUGAGGGCCUUUUAGUGGGUUCUGUUAGUUUUAGGUCACCAUCUGGGGAAACUUUCCCUGCUGAGGAAUAAUUCAGCUUCAUUUUGGGCGUUCCUGUAUAUCAGUAUAUUUUCACCCUGGAAACUGUUCAUAGCCAGUUUUUUGUUUUUGUUUUGUUUUUGACUGGGGAGGGGGGGAGCUUUGCCCUGUUCUUACUCUUCUAGCCUUUGAUGAAAGGCCAGCUUCCCAUAAGGUAUUUUGCAUGCUAUCUUACCGGCAGUUUUAGGGGCCCAAGAAUCUUCUCGGAAUCAGAGUAUGUGCCCAUAGGUUAGUCAGCUAUGACCAUGCAGUAUUCCCAGCCUCACUACCCCCCCCACCCCCCCAACUGCCAUCUGCUUCUUCUGAAUAUACCAGAUUGGCUGUACACCAGGAUGUUCCGGGAAUCCCCAGGAGAGCAACAGAAUGUGAUGGACCCAAAUAUGAUUCCUCAGUAACUCAUUCCAGGAUGUACAAACUGUAACUGUCAGGACACUCCUUAUAGCUAAUUAAAAUUCUUCUAGUUACAUCUAUUUUCUAUUACAUCUGCCUAUUUUCAGUGACAUUCAAAAGGCCAAAAUAAUCCCUCUGGUACCACUGCUUUUUUCUAUGGUUCUCAGAAAGGAAUUAAAAAAAAAAAGCUUCUCUCAGUGCCUUAUCUGUGGUGCUAAAAUGACAAGUAUGGCCCUUCUAGCACUUCACAGCUCUAUCUAUGGUACUGAGGUGGCCAAAGUGGAUCCUCUGGUAGCCCACUGCACUCUCCAUGGUACUGAAGGGGUGGCCAUUCAUUUUAAUGCCUCUGGAGUCCAAAAGGAGCCCUGUGACUUAGAACCACAAAACUUUUGAACUGGAAGGAAACAUGAGCAUAAACUAGCCCACUCCCUUAUUUUACAGAGAGGAAACUGGGAGGCUAAGGGGUUUACUUAAGGGUGCAGGGUUAUUAAUGGUCAAGCUGGGCCCACAAUAGCCUUGUACCCCUCAGCCCUAUUCUAGUUCAUCUUUCAUCACACCACUUAGUAAGCCCAUCUAGGCUUUUUGGUUUCAGGAAAGGGGUUUAUUUGGAGGAUACAGAGGAUGAAGUUGGCUGUCCUAAUUUGGAGCUACAGAAAUGCACACAUUUGUGGCUACAGAGGUCAUUUAGUAACCUAGGCCAAGGACACUUUGUUAAUCUCCUGUUAAUAAAACUCUCAUAGCCCAGAUCCCACGUGUAACAGAUACAUGCCCCUUCAUGGACUCUUACCGCAUCUACUAAAUGUCAAAAAUUAAAGAAGCCUUGGACUUCUAGAGCCUUCUCUCUCUACUGAUAAGCAGGGCUGACUCCUGGCCCAGUUCUCUUCUAUUAAAGAUCCUUAAGCAAAGUAAUACUUGAGUCCUUUUCUUUCUCAGUAACCCAUUUCAGUUUCAUAAUGCCUAUUGUAAGGAAGUUCUUUAUAUCUCAAAUAUCCUUCCUAUCUCAGGGGAAAAAAAUAGGUUAGGCCCUUGUUUGUCUGGCCUUGACCAGAUACAAUUCUAUAUGUCAACAGGAAGGUAGACUGGUUAUCCUCCCAGGCCUUUUUCUAUAAAUCUUAACUCUGGGAUUGCUUCUAAGUCCUAAUGCUGACCUCCUCUGAAGUCUAGAAUCAGGGGAGCCCCCCCCAAUCCUUUUUCUCUCAUUGCUCUGCUCCUUUCCCAGCACUGGAGCUCUGCAUAUCCCAGGCCUAGGGAAUUUUAGCCUGGAGAAUUUUAACCCCUUCCUACUCAGAGCAUGUGCUGAGCCCCUAUCUGUGCAGAUGGCCCAGCCCCGCCCCCCAUCCCUCACUCCAGCCUCUUGAGCUCAGAGCCUGUGUAAUCCUCCUCUUGUGUGAGGGAGCCUCUCCCCUGCAGAGAGGAGGAAAGCCUGCUUCGGAACAGCCCUGGACAAAGGGGCUGAGAUGCCCCAUCAAACUGCAGGCUCCAAGGUUUGAAACAAGGGGAUGAAUCCUGUCUGGUAUUUGCAGUUUUUAACCCCUUCCUGAGGCCAGCAGCGCCCCUUAACUUCCAUUCCUCCCCCAACUCUCUCUUCACCCCCUCUCCCUCUGGCUCUCUCCCCCUUCAUGCCCCUCCCCCUCUGUCUCCAGACUCUCUGCUGCUGGGAGGUGUUUCUCUCCCAUGCAUGAAUGAGUCUCUGUAAUGAAUGGAAAUGAAUGGAUCAGGAAUCCAGGCGGAGGGAGGGAGAGUGAGGGGGAAAGACAGGGUAAAGGGCAGAAGGAAGGACUGUGAAGCCUGGAAGGGUGUUUGGCUGGAUGGGUUGGCUAGGGGUCUGGAAGCAACUGGUCCCACUUGGAUAAUUGGGGAGCACGGCAAGUCCACCUCAUCUGCUCAUCACACUGCACAGCCCAGCCUCAAUGAGAUGAGGUUAUGCUGUGAUGGUUCCCCCCCAUCCCCGAAAGGUCAUGGGGUGGUGGUGGUGGUAGUUCUGGACUGGCCAUUUUGAAAGUAUAAUUUGGGGGAACAAAUCAGGGCUAUCAGGGAGCCUUGUGGGCUUGGCAAAUAAAGGGUACAGUUUUUGAGGACUGCAGGCCCCUUGGGUGCUUCAGGAUGCAAGGAGGGAGAAGGGGCAGCUUUCCGGAAUAGAGGGUGGAAGUCUGGGGUUAAGGGUGACUCCACUGCUGAAUAUCAGGGUUCAUCUUUUCCUCCAAAUCUGUCUCUCUUGCUUUAGCUCCUCAGCACCUGUUGCCUUCACUAGCAGCUUUUCCUCCUCCUCUUCCCUGCACUCCCCAGAACCAAAGAAUGUGAAGGGGGUCAAUGGAGGUGAGUGAAGCUCUGGGCUCUACUGUACUCCCUCCCCUCCCUACCUGUCUCGCCUCCUAGUAUUGGAAGCUAUCUCCUUGUCCCCAGCAUCUCAAUUCCCAUCCAACCCUCAAUUUCCCCGAGGUGAGUGGAAGGGGCAUCGGUAUUUCUGUUUCAGGCCCCAACUCACCCUCCCUGGGGUUCUUCCAGCCCUCGAUGCCCUUGCUUCACCCACAGUUGGCCCUUCUCCAUCCCUUGCUCUACUUGCACCUUUCUCCACAGGGCUCACGUCCCCGCGCCCCGGGCGGCCACUUAGCGCCGUCGCCGCCGGCCUUCGACGGCGAGCUGGAUCUGCAGCGCUAUUCCAACGGGCCAGGCUUGAGCGCGGUGUCGCCCGGGAUGGGCGCGGUGGCCUGGUCUGAAAGUCGUGCAGGCGACAGGCGCUUCCCUUGCCCUGUAUGCGGGAAGCGCUUCCGCUUCAACUCCAUCCUGGCGCUGCACUUGCGGGCGCACCCUGGCGCCCAGGCCUUCCAGUGCCCGCACUGUGGCCACCGCGCAGCGCAGCGGGCUCUGCUGCGCUCGCAUCUGCGCACGCACCAGCCUGAGCGCCCGCGUAGCCCCGCCGCACGCCUGCUGCUAGAAUUGGAGGAGCGCGCGUUACUGCGCGAGGCCCGGCUGGGGAGAGCCCGGGGCUCAGGAGGUGUGCAGGCCACCUCCGCCACUGAGGGCUUGGCGCGGCCCCAGUCUACUGCGUCGUCCGCCUUCCGUUGCCCCUUCUGCAAAGGCAAGUUUCGCACCGCGGCGGAGCGCGAACGUCACCUGCACAUCCUGCACAGGCCUUGGAAGUGCAGCCUGUGUAGUUUCGGCUCCAGCCAGGAGGAGGAGCUGCUGCACCACAGCUUGACAGCCCAUGGGGCUGCCGAGCGCCCCCUGGCGGCCACCUCCGCUGCCCCCCAGCCUCAGCCUCCACCCGAGCCGGAACCCAAGUCGGUCCCUGAGCCCGAGACAACAGCCGACCCGGCUCCUGCCGCUCCCGAGGAGCCCCCGGCGCCUCCGGAGUUCCGCUGCCAAGUGUGCGGCCAGAGCUUUACGCAGUCCUGGUUUCUCAAGGGCCACAUGCGCAAGCACAAGGCUUCCUUUGAUCAUGCGUGUCCCGUGUGUGGCCGCUGCUUCAAGGAGCCCUGGUUCCUAAAGAACCACAUGAAGGUGCACGCCAGCAAGCUGGGCCCACUGCGUGCCCCGGGGCCUGGCUCAGGGCCUACCCGGGCCCCCCAGCCUCCUGACCUGGGUCUGCUGGCCUAUGAGCCGCUGGGCCCCGCGCUCCUCUUGGCCCCGGCACCCGCCCCGGCUGAGCGCCGCGAGCCCCCGAGCCUCCUGGGCUACCUGAGCCUGCGAGCUGGCGAGGCCCGGCCCAACGGCGAGGGCGCUGAGUCUGGGCCCGGCCGCAGCUUUGGAGGCUUCCGCCCUCUGCCCUCCGCUCUCCCCGCCCGGGCUCGCCGGCACCGAACAGAGGAGCCGGAUGAAGAAGAGGAGGUGGUGGAGGCAGAGGAGGAGACCUGGGCUCGGAGCAGGGCGCUGGGCCCUCUGGCUUCGCUGCACCCGCGCCCAGGCGAGGGGCCGGGGCACUCUGCGCCUGCAGCGGGGGCCCAGGCAAGAUCGACGGUCACGCAGGAAGAGAACGGGCUGUUGGUUGGAGGGACUCGGCCGGAAGGGGGCCGGGGAGCCACCGGCAAGGAUUGUCCCUUCUGCGGAAAAUCUUUCCGCUCAGCGCAUCACCUCAAAGUGCAUCUGCGAGUGCACACAGGCGAACGCCCCUACAAGUGUCCACACUGCGACUAUGCGGGCACCCAGUCCGGCUCGCUCAAAUAUCACCUGCAGCGCCACCACCGGGAGCAGAGAAGCGGAGCAGGCCCCGGACCACCGCCGGAGCCGCCGCCCUCUUGCCAGCGGGGUUCGGCCCUGUCUUCUGGAGCCAAAGUGGCUCCGCAGCCUGCGACCUGGGUGGAGGGCGCGGCGAGCCCCCGGCCUCCUUCAAGCUGUGCCGUGCCAGGGUCGCGUCGGAAGCCGGCCAGCCCCGGGAGGACCCUUCGCAACGGGCGAGGCGGUGAGGCUGAGCCCCUGGACCUGUCCCUGCGGGCGGGGCCAGGAGGCGAGGCCGGGCCUGGGGGCGCCCUCCAUCGCUGCCUCUUCUGCCCCUUCGCCACCGGAGCCCCUGAGCUCAUGGCCUUGCACCUGCAAGUGCAUCACAGCCGUCGGGCUCGGGGCCGCCGGCCGCCCCAGGCUGAAGCGUCCCCACCCUAUGCUCGAGCACCCUCAGGGGAGACCCCUCCCAGUCCUCCUGAGGAAGGGGAGGAGGGCCCCGGGCUGUCAAGAUCGGGAGAGGCCGGGCUGGGGGGGCAAGAACGGUAGGGAGCCCUCUUAGGGGCCAUUAGCUUAGUGAGCUUUCCCCGCCGGAGCGGUGGAGCACUAGGGGUAGUUGGAUAGGACAGCCAGCAGGGGGCAGCGCGGGACCCAUAUCCCAGCCCCAGGCGGACCAGAGGUGGAGGGGCAGCGGGCGUAGGAGGGUGGGUGGGAGGUACCCACCCAUCCCAGAGGAGAGUCACAGUGCCUUAGAAGUGGCAGGGGCGAGGGUCAAAGAAUGGGGUCCCAGGAUUGGCAGAGAGAAUCGCGGCCCUGUAGAGGAGCUGCUCUGCCAGUCUUUGCUGGUCCAUAGGCGUGAAAGUUUAUUUUUGUACAAGGGGUGGGGGUGGGGGGCCCUGUACCCUUCUAGCCCCAUCAGGGGCCCUGUAGACGUUGCUAUUUUUGGUACGAUCCCUGUCAUCCCUGUCGCAGAGUCGUGUCCCCAAUAAACAGGUGUCUUGAGGCA